UAGACAAUAAAAUUUAGUAGAUACUAAUGGAAAAUCUUUACGCAAUCCCUGAAAUUGCAAAGGCAAAGUUCUCAGACCAAGAAAUCGAUAUGCUCCUUGAUGCAUAUAAAGCUCUCGACACUGAUGGAUCUGGAAAGGUCUCAAGAACCGAGCUUGUCUCUCUAACAGUCAAUGAUGCAGAAGCUGAAUCUAUAUCUAAGAUCCUUAAGGAGCUAGAUUUGGAUGGAGAUGGAGAACUUUCUUUCGGUGAAUUUAUCCUCCUCAUCUUGAAUCAACAGGAUGAACAUUCAGCAGAAGGAUCCUCUUCUCUUCUUAGUAAUGCAGGAAAGGAGGUCGUUGAAAAGGUUUCAGGAAGUAACGUCAAGCAUUCCUACAAAGUUGAAGAGAGAGAAUGUUUUGCAAGGGUAAUCAAUCAAAGUUUGGCUGAAGAUGAGCAUUGCAAGGACAUUCUACCUGUUGAUCCAGAUACCGAAGAAAUUUUCAAGGCUGUGGAUAAUGGAAUCAUCUUCUGUAAACUUGUAAACAUUGCAGUAGAAGGAACUAUUGAUGAAAGAGUCCUCAACAUCAAGGAUGAUCUUAAUAUAUUCCAAAUAAAGGAGAAUCUAAGCUUAGCCAUUUCAUCAAUCGCUGGAAUUGGUCUUAAAGUAAUUGGUAUUGAUGCUGAACUCAUUAUGAAGCAUUCUGAGAAUCUUAUCCUUGGUCUCCUUUGGCAGCUUAUUAGAGUUAUCUUGGUCAAGGACAUCAAUCUCAAGCAUGUACCAGAAUUAGCUAGACUCUUAGAUGAAGAAAAUGACGAGGAACUUGCCGAUCUCCUUAAGCUUCCACCCCAGGAAAUCUUAAUCAGAUGGAUUAACUACCAUCUUAAGAAUGCAGGCUCAGACAGAAAAGUUGAAAAGAUUGGUAAACCAAUGGAAGACUCUAUUGUAUACGCUACUCUCUUACAUCAGUUAGACAGUAGCUGCAUUGAUCCUAAAGCAGUGGAAGAAGAAUCUGAUCUCAAGAAGAGAGCCAAAAUGGUAUUGGAUGCUUCUACAAAAUUCGGAAUUUCCCCUCUUAUUUCUCCAACCGAUAUUGUGCAAGGAAAUCCUAAGUUAAAUACUGUGUUUGUUGCUGACAUUUUCAACCAUAAACACGGACUUGAAGAGCUUACUCAAGAAGAGUAUGAAGCUGCAGCCCUUCUCGAUGAUGACAUUGAAGGAUCCAGAGAGGAGAGAGCCUACAGAAUGUGGGCCAACUCCUUAGGAAUUGAAGAUUUAUACGUCAACAAUCUUUAUGAAGAAGCCAAAGACGGAUUGCUCUUACUCAAGGUAAUGGACAGAGUCCAACCAGGAAUCGUCAACUGGAAAUUGGUCGAAAAGAAAGCAGGAACUAACAGAAUCAAGAGACAGAUAAAUUGCCAGAGAGCUAUUGAGACAGCCAGAGACAUGAAGCUCAAGGUUGUCGGAAUUGACUCCCAUAAUAUCGUUGAGGGAAAUAAAAAACUUAUCUUAGCAAUUGUAUGGCAAGUUGUCAGAGUACACUAUCUCCAACUCAUUGGAACUGAUUCUGAAACAGAUCUUGUAAAAUGGGCAAACUCUCUUGUCAAAGAAGAAAGCCAAGUUAAGAGCUUAAGAGAUAAAAGCAUCAAGAGUGGCAAAUUCUUAAUUGAAAUCUGUGCUGGAAUAGAGCCAAGAGCUAUCAAUUGGGAUAUUGUCACUGAUGGAGAGACCAAGGAAGACAGAGAGAGUAACGCAAAAUAUGCUAUCUCUAUUGCAAGAAAACUAGGAGCAAUCAUCUUCUGUAUCUGGGAUGAUAUCGUAAAGGUCAACCACAAGAUGAUCCUUGUCUUUGUCUGUGCAUUAAAGGAUGUCGCCAGCAAAUCAAAGAAAGGAAAAGAAGAAGAGAAGAAAGAUGAGGAAUAA